UAAACAAUCGUUUUGAUUGAUUGCUUUGCGUUGCUCAUCUAGCCGCAUGUGCAGUUUUUAAUUGAUAUAUUGAUUUUAAAUUAAUUUCUGAAUAUAGGCCACCGACAUAUUGUGAGAAAUCUCAAAAAUGGUUCGUGUAAUAACUCAGGAGACAUACGAUGAAGUGGUUCAGGAGAAUAUGGAAGAGUUCGAAAUGAGUCCUGAAGAAGCUGUCAGGGAAGCGAUAGCCCAGUUUCAAGCACAAGGAGUGGACCUGUCGAACAUAAUCAAGGAUCUGGUACUAAGCACAAAUGAUAAUCACCUAGUUUCAAUGACUGUCAGUGCAAUGAAAGAGCUGAUAGAUCGAAAUUAUGACGACGAAUGUAUGCUACAGGAGCUUGAAGCACUAAAAUUUGAAUGUGCCAAGGACCUAGCUCGCAGAAUGCGCGCAGCCAAAGAUGGUGCUUACAACAUCCUAAUUAAACUGCUUGAAGCAAGACUAAACUUAUACAUCGAGAAGGAGAGCGGUAACAACAAACUAUUUGUGCUCGAUCUUCUUAAAACAUUGUCUGUAUUCAUGGACACACAGCCUGAUCUGCUGGAUGAUAAAGGAUUGGAACUGAUAAAACGUGCACUGGAUACAAUAGUGGAUCGAGACAUCCUGAUAGCAACGUUAAAAUGGACCGCGACAUGCUGCGUGAAACAUGAAAUGAACAGGCAGAAAAUAUUCGCCAAAAAUAUUGUGGAGAAUCUCAAAAAUUUGGUGGAGACACGCAAGGACCCCAAGUUAACAUCAGCGUGUAUGCUGGUUGUGCGAAGACUGACCUUAGACGACGACAUUAGAGUCGAAUUUGGAAAAGCACACGACCAUGCCAAAGAGUUGGCGAUGAAACUGUUGAUUCCUCUCACGGAAAUGCUCAAUCAAAGCACAGAAUCAACAGACGCAACAGAAUGCCUCGACCUCCUAAAGACGAUAUCUCCGUUGCUCGUGCGCAACGAACUCUGCGCUUUGUGCGCGGAACACGGCGCCUGCGACGCCCUGUUCGAGGUCAUGGCGACCCAUCACGGCGACGCGGUGCUGCUGCUGCACGCUCUCAAACUAUUAACAGCUUUGGCUGGCAAUGACGACGUAAAGAGGCAGCUGGUUCAAGCCGGCAUUGCCCCUACAAUGGUCAGCGUAAUGAGAAUGCAUACAAGCAACGCUCAAGCGGCCGCGUUAGCUUUGAAAGCUAUAGCUGCGCUAACAUUGCGCGAACCAGUACACAGUUGCUUGUUCUUCGACAGUGGCGCCGCCCCGCUCGUCGUGGAUUUGAUGAAACUCCAUCCCAACGACCCCAGUGUUCAGAAAAACGCAUGCUGGGCCAUCCGCAACAUGGUCGGCCGGUACCGCGAACAAAACCGGGCGUUCCAUUUGCUCGGCGUCGAGGAACUGCUCAACCAAGCGUACGGCAAGUUCCAGAAGGACUUCGGCUUCGACAUCAAGGCCGCGUUGAGGGAUCUCGAGUGCGAUGUGAAAUUUGACGAACCGUGGCGUGGUACAGGGGCGGAAAUCGAGAAUUGAACAAGCCACCUUGUUUUCAACAGUGGGGACAACUAGAGAUUACGUUACGUAGACAAAGAGAGCUGUAGGCCAUGUCAUAUCUUCCAUUUCGCUCAUACAAGAUGUGCGUAUUAAAAAUACAUGAGAUGAUACGAGACAGAGUGUUUUGUCCCUUAUCACGAGUCCAGUGACUUUGUGUGAGAUUUGCCGUAUAGGGUCGGGAAUUUAUAUGGGAAUUUUCUAUCUCAACAGCUUACCGUUGUCUAGUUAUAUAUAGCUCUUGGUCUUUGCUUCGUCAUUUCUUUCGUUUCGCUCAUACAAGAGAAAUUAAUUAGACGAGAAGAAACGAGACAUCGUUAAUUUUUAUCUCAUUUGGCUACGCUGAUGUUCGUUUUUAGUUUUCUUUGUACUUGAGUUGAGUUACCGUGAGUUUUUUGCGAGAACCGACAACGUAUCGUCUAAAUUUAUAAUGAAAAUUAACAGCGCCUCUAAGCGCCUAAAAGGAACGAAUGUUCCAUAUACAUUUUUGAUGUUUACGAUACUAUUAUAUUCUUGCAAAAUCCUAUACUAACGCCAUUGAACGAAUUUCUGUACUUGAACUUUUUAUAUUUUUUCUCCUCCACUUCACGUGAUCUUCCGCGUCCAUAGUUGAGACCAUCGGCAUAUUUUUCUUCUAUUAAAGAAAUGUAUGUAAGGUGCCACUUUGGGGGACUUUUUUCUGGAUGAAUAAAUUAUGGAUGUAAUCCAUUUUUGUCUCUCGGAAUUUAGUAGGCAACUAGAGUAAUAUGUAAUGUAAAUGAAAUAUUUCAGUAUUAUCCUUUACACGGAUAAAAUUACAAUCUUAUUUGUCAACCUGAUGAUUUUUACUGUAUUUUUGUGGUUUUUAAAUUCUGUAAUAGGGAAAUAUUAUUGCAAUGUCAUUGCGCCAGAGAGCAGCACUCGCAUCUAGAGAAAACUAUAAUAGCUUAAGUCAUUUCGAUUCGCUGAUGCAAGAAAAAGAAAUGCAUAAUACAAAUACAAAACAAACGGGACAGAGCGCUGAUAUCUUUCACUCUUUGCAUUGGCAUGUCAUUACAGUAACAUUAAGUUUUGACAUUGACAAUCUUCCAAAUAAUGGCAAAUAUUAUUGAGUUGUGCGUCAUGGCAACGGGCGGAUCGCGUUGGUGGCGCCAUCUGUGGAAGCUAACGUAAUAUUUCCUAUUCGAUUUAAUGUACAUGUCUAGUUUAUUGUCCCUAAAUCUUUAUUUAUUAUUUAUUGACUUGAUGAACUUUUAAUUGAACUUUAAGAUUAGAUUGAAAUAACAUUUUAAAGAUCGAAUUUAAUACGAUAAUCAAAUAGUAUAUAAUCUUCAACAUUCCCAUGUAGACUAAUAGUAGAAAUAAACUAAAAUUGUAAUCAUUCAAAUUAUUCUAAAAAUUCUGUGUUCGGAGUAGAUACAAUAGCAUUUUCAUUGAAAUUAUUCAGUAGUAAUCAAUAAUCAAUAUAUCAUAUAUGUGUGUAGUCUGUUAUUAAUUCAAUACAUAAUAAUCGCAUUACAUAAUAUAAAUACGCGCUGUGUUCCGCACAGCGAAUUUUUUUUUUCAAUUUUGUGAUGUCACCCUUUUUGAGGGCUGGAUCCGCGCUUGAAUGAAUAUAAGGGCUUAAUAUAUUUUUGGAUAAACAGGGUAUAUAUUUUAUUCAGUGCACAAACGGCAAUAUGCUCGGUACAAUGAAUUCAACAACUUCCAUAUAAAAUAAAUAGCGAAAUGGCGAACAAUUUCAACUUUUCAUACUGGGCCACAUGUCAAAAAUGACACGAAUUUUUUGACAUGUGUCACAAAAAAAAUUACAUUUUUUGACAUCUAUUUCUUUUAAUAUUUACUCGUUUUCUUUAACCGUAUCCACUCUCAAAAUUUGUGCAGUAUAGAGAAAAUUACCCUGUAGAUAUUAUGUUGCCAAAUUGAUUACAAGUUAAUUCGCAUUUCUAUUAAGUGCAAGACUAAUAAGAACACUAUGAUCAUCGGGCUGAAGUAAGAUCUCAUUAUGUAUAUCUCAUAUGUAAUAUGUUUAACUUAUUGCCUUCUUGCUUUAUGCUGACAUUUUUUUAUAAUUUAUGGUGCUUAAAUAUAAAUCUUUGUAUAACAAUAAUUGUUGAAAGAAAUAAAAUCUUUGAAAUAACAAUAA